GCAGAAACGCAGCUGAAUGGAGCUUAGAGGGCCACAGAGGAAAGAACUUGAACACGUUUCUGAAGGUUUCAGAUGUGUCUGACAGUGACCUCCUUACCUUAGUAAUAAAGAAGAGUUUUUCAGCAGGAGCUUAGGAUAUCUUUACUCCACCUUAUUAAUAUACUAACUGGAAUGGUAUUCUGACAACAAUUCUCCGUAGUAAAGUACUUACCCUACUACAGAACCAGUAUUAUUUUCUCUACUGAUAAUGCAACUCAAUGGAGGAAAGUAAUGUUUUGAUAAGCAUGCGUGAAGACCGUUCCUUUCAUGUGCGAUACAGGAUGGAGGCUUCCUGCCUAGAGCUGGCUUUGGAAGGUGAGCGCCUGUGUAAAGCAGGAGAUUGCCGAGCUGGUGUAUCUUUCUUUGAAGCAGCUGUUCAGGUUGGAACUGAAGAUUUAAAAACACUAAGUGCUAUUUAUAGCCAGUUAGGCAAUGCCUAUUUCUACUUGCAUGAAUAUGCAAAGGCCUUGGAAUACCAUCACCAUGAUUUAACUCUCGCAAGGACAAUUGGAGAUCUACUGGGAGAAGCUAAAGCUAGUGGGAAUCUGGGCAACACCUUAAAGGUCCUUGGGAAUUUUGAAGAAGCUAUUGUUUGUUGUCAAAGACAUCUGGAUAUUUCCAGAGAGCUUAAUGAUAAGGUUGGAGAAGCAAGAGCACUGUAUAAUCUGGGAAAUGUAUAUCACUCUAAAGGGAAAAAUGUAGCUAGUGCCGGGACUCAUGAUCCAGGGGAACUUCCAGAUGAUGUGAAAAAUGCUUUACAAAAAGCUGCAAAUUAUUAUGAGGAAAACCUGGCAAUAGUAACAGAGCUGGGUGAUAGAGCAGCACAAGGACGUGCCUUUGGAAAUCUGGGAAACACACACUAUCUUCUGGGCAACUUCAGGAGCGCAGUUUUGGCCCAUGAACAGCGUCUCCUAAUUGCAAAGGAAUUUGGUGAUAGAUCAGCGGAAAGAAGAGCGUACAGCAAUCUUGGAAACGCCUACAUAUUCCUGGGUGAAUUUGAAACCGCUUCUGAAUACUACAAGAGGACAUUACAGCUGGCUCGACAGCUUAAAGACAGAGCUGUGGAAGCACAGGCCUGCUACAGCCUUGGGAACACGUACACUCUGCUUCAAGACUAUGAAAAAGCAAUUGAUUAUCAUUUGAAACACCUUGCGAUUGCUCAGGAAUUAAAUGAUAAAAUUGGUGAAGGAAGAGCAUGCUGGAGUUUAGGGAAUGCAUAUACUGCUCUGGGAAAUCAUGACCAAGCUAUGCAUUUUGCAGAAAGGCACUUGGAGAUUUCAAGAGAGGUAGGAGAUAGAAGUGGGGAGCUCACUGCUAGACUUAACCUCUCAGAUCUUCAAAUGGUUCUUGGAUUAAGCUACAGCACAAACAACUCCAUGAUGUCAGAAAGCCACGUGGUAGAGAACAGUUUGAAUGGUACCAGACCAAGAGUAGGACGCCGCCACAGUAUGGAGAACAUGGAACUUAUGAAAUUAACACCAGAAAAGGUUCAGAACUGGAACAGUGAGAUUCUCGCUAAACAGAAACCACUGGUUGCCAAACCUUCAGCAAAACUGCAUUUUGUAAAUCGACUAAAAAGCAAAAAGUACAAAAACGGCACCGCUUCCAAAGUUUUGCAGGAUGCCAGUAAUUCUAUUGAUCAUCGACUUACAAACGCUCACAGGAAAAACAGUCGAGAGACAAUGGCAGAUGAAGGGUUCUUUGAUCUGCUGAGCCGAUUCCAGAGUAACAGGAUGGAUGAUCAGAGGUGCUACUUCCAGGAGAAGAACAGAUUCUCAGCUGCUUCAGUGGCAACAUCCUCUACUCCACCUAAAACAAUGAGAAAAUCCUUUUCUACUUCUUUAGUCUCACCCCACACAGAUGAAUUUCUAGACCUACUCGCUAGCUCCCAGAGCCGCCGGCUAGAUGACCAACGUGCUAGCUUUAGUAAUCUACCUGGACUUCGUCUUAAUCAACACAACAGUCAGUCCGUCCUGGGUCACCUCAUGGCAAGUAACAACAGAGAACUGGAUGACGACUUCUUUGAUAUAUUGAUAAAAUGUCAGGGUUCCAGACUGGAUGAUCAACGAUGUGCUCCUCCAUCAUCUGCAAAAGGCCCAACUGUGCCAGAUGAGGAUUUCUUCAGCCUGAUUUUACGAUCACAAGCUAAAAGAAUGGAUGAACAAAGAGUCCAUCUACCCUCAACUAACUAUAAAGGGACCAAAUUCUAGCUGAAGAAAGAAACAGGCACGUACUGUACAGUAGCAUCUUAGGUGUCAUUUUUGUUUGCUGGAAAAACAUACAUGCCUUUGUACAGAAGACUGCAAUUAGUAGCUUUGUCCCCUUUCUAAUCAUUUUUUGUAUAAAUGGCAGCAGCAUCACGCUCAUGACCCGUAGUUAGAGUUGCCACUGCUCCUUGCAGUUGGCAGCUGCUUUUAGCAGCCCCUGAGAUACUGAUUACUGUAUCUCCCUCUUAACUGCCUCUAGUCUAUGAACAUUAAUAUGAAUUUUUUUUCCCUGUCAAGGUAUUCUCAUUGCUGAUGUGUGGAUUCUACCACUGUCUCCGUCUAGCGUAAGACCUAAAUUUGUAUGUUCUUUUUAAAGAAAACUUGAUCGUUUUUUUCCUGAUUCGGACCUCCCUGGAAAAAGGUCCUGUUUUCUUUUAUACUUUUUGUAAAAAUAAAAAAAAAUUGAGAAAU